AUGACAGCCUCGGUAUUUCAGCUCAAGUGCGGGAUCAAGAAUGAUCCCUGGGGUAAGAAAGGCAAAGACUCCUUAGCUGGUGUUCUAUGCUCCAAGACGCCCGGUGCGUUGGAAUUGGAGAAUGAUCAGCAUUAUUCGGAGAUGUGGAUGGGCACAUAUCCCACCGUCCCAUCGCGUAUCCUGGCCACAGGUGAACUCCUAAGCGAGUAUCUCCAAAAGCACCCCGAGGUCACCGGCGAAGGAUACAAGAAAUGGGGUGCGGAGGUGCCGUUUCUCCCUAAGAUCCUCUCCUUCCAAAAAGCUCUCCCUCUCCAAAUUCACCCUGACAAAACCCUCGCCGAACAACUCCACAAAUCCAACCCAGAAAAAUAUUCCGACCCCAACCACAAGCCCGAAAUCGCCAUCGCGCUCUCCAACUUCGAGCUCUUCGUCGGCUUCAAGCCCCUGCACGAGAUCGAAAACCUAUUCAAACUCGCCCCCCUCCAACGCUUCCUCCCCACAGAAACCAACGCCCCUACCUUCGACGAUUCCCUUCUCCGCGAAAUCUCGCGCAUCCUACUCACCCUUCCCCCGCUGCUCGUCUCCGAAACCAUCUCCUCCCUGCUCACUAUCCCGGAGGCCCAAUUCGGCCCGAAUCAGCGAUACAUUCCAGGUCUACUCACUCGAUUGAAGAAGAUGUACCCGGAGACCGAUAAUGGUAGUCUUGUUGCCACGAUUCUUAUGAAUUACAUGACCCUGGGGCCCGGGGAAGCAGUUUGUGUCCCUGCGGAUAGUAUGCAUGCGUACCUUACCGGAGAUAUCAUGGAGUGCAUGGCCAGGUCGGAUAAUGUCAUUAAUACGGGAUUUUGUCCCAAGGCGGAGAGCGAUGAUGUGGAUUUGUUUACGGGAGCGUUGAGUUUCAAGCCGCAUGAUGUGGAGAGUGCGCUUUUGAGGACGAAGAAAAGUGAUGUUGGUGGUUGUUGGAAGACGGAGGUUUAUGAGCCGCCGUUUUCGGAGUUCUCGGUGCUGGGGGUGAGGUUGGGGAAGGGGGAGAAGGAGGUGCAUCGGGGGAUUGGGGGAGUGAGUUUGCUGGUGGUUGUAAGGGGAAAUGGGUGGAUGGAGGUGAAGGGUGAGGAGAAGAAGUUUGAGCUGAGGGAAGGGUGGGUUUAUUUUGUGGGUGCUGGGGUUGAGGUCAGUUUUGAGACCGAGGGCGGGUUGUUGGUUUAUAGGCCUUUUGCGGAGUAG